GAGAUGGUCUUGACUUUCCCCGAACACGAGGUCCACAUGCAUGGCGCCUAUGAUCUAUACGUCAAUCGCGGACCAGCGCUCAUCAGAUUAUACCCGAGAAACGAUGAAGGCGCGAAUCCUCAAACCUACACCUUGCCUGUCCCGAAUCUGCUGGCCGUAUUCGCAGUCAACAGGCAAUUUGAAAGAGAAGCUUUGCCGAUCUUCUACGCUAAGAACGUCUUCGCUUUCACGCGGGUUGACAGAUUGAAACAUUUUCUUGACAACACUCUUCCUGAGCGACGAAACCAUAUUCGACACUUGGUUGUCCAAUAUGAACCGGACGCCAGGUCGAGGAAGGUGGCAUCUUCCUGCUUCAGGCUCAUGCAAAACAUGCAGGGCCUUCGAAAGCUUGGCAUAAAGCUGUUUGAAAACAAUCUCCAUUGUUUUUUUGAUUCCCGUCGCACCAAGCACAGGAUUUGGGUACAGAACAAUCCUCUUAAACUUGCUGGUAUCCCCACUCUGGCUAAACUGAGACUUGAACAAGUGCAUUGUCUUCGCGUCAUAGUUCGACGGCUACAGCUGGUGUUUCAUUUGGUAAGAGAGAUCUUCUUUGGACUUUGACAUGCACAAGUAAGUGCAAAGAAGUUCAGCAUUAGUUGACGUCGCAGAAUUGGGUUUUGUGGUUGAGCAAAGAGACAGUAUUGGCGUGAUCGUUGGAAGUCCAGGCAGAACUAGGUUGAAGUAAACAUGAGGCUUGCAAAAGUGUUGUACUUAGUCUCAUUUGUGCCCGAACUCGGACUGCUCGGAAUCUCCAUAACAAGCAGGGAUCCCAUCAGUCGAGCAUCUGAGUGUUCUUGAAAUUUCA